CAUGGCGGACGAUCUGUCACAAUUUUUCCUUCAGCUCUGUAAUCGCUCCAAAUUACAAACUUUACUCAAAUUCAAUACACGAAAUAUGACGUCCUUUGCACAUCUUCUCCUUGCCAGCCUAGUUGGUGUUUUUAUGACUGUUUUAGUUAUGUAUAUAUCUACAUAUAUGGGCAAUCUGUUCCACAAAUCUUCCCUCGAGCCACCUGGCUUCAACUUGAUGCUUGCUCCUGAACAGAUUCCACGACCAGACCCAUCACCAUUGGAAGGAGAGGCCCUAGCAGCCCUCAAAGCUGCCGCAACAAUGAAAAUAGAUGGCAAAAAAGAAAAAGCCAUAAAACUCUUUCAGCAAGCCAUCGCUUUGGCUCCAAAUCAUCCUGACAUUUUAUUACAAUAUGGAGAGUUUUUAGAAAAUGAGGACAUUGUCCAAGCAGAGCACCUUUAUAACAGAGCUUUAUCUAUCAAUCCUAGUGAUUCUAGAGCUUUGACCAAUCGGCAAAGAACGUUACCGAAAGUGAAACAAAUUGAUAGAGACAUGUUGGAUAUUAUCGAUGAAAAGCGACGCAAGCUUUUUAGUUUACCUGCUGGCAGUGUAACCAUGAAAAGAGCGAUACGGGAAGCAUAUUAUCAACAUAUUUAUCAUUCAAACGCAAUUGAAGGGAAUACAAUGACACUGUCAAUGACUCGUGCAAUUGUGGAGACAAAAAUGGGUAUAUCUGGCAAGAGUAUCCUUGAACAUAAUGAAGUUCUUGGCCUUGACGAGGCAAUGAAAUUUAUUAAUGGUACUUUAGUUCAGAAAUCUGAGAGCAUAUCUGUUAAUGAUAUUCUUGAAAUUCACAAAAGGGUCCUUGGUCAUGCGCAUCCUUUAGAAGCUGGCAGGUACCGACAAACCCAAGUUUUUGUUAGCGACCAUGUUCCUCCAAGUCCAUCAGAGCUUGGUGGCCUCAUGAAUGAAUUUAAUGAGUGGCUUCUCUCAAGAGACCCAGAAAUUUUGCAUCCGAUAGAAUUUGCAGCUCUAGCUCACUAUAAACUGGUAUAUAUCCAUCCAUUUACCGAUGGGAAUGGACGUACGGCGAGACUUCUCAUGAACACUAUUCUCAUGCGUGCGGGAUUCCCUCCUGUGAUUAUACGCUUUCAAGAUCGACACAAUUACUAUGAGCAUCUCAAUCAAGCUAAUCAUGGAGAUGUGAGACCUUUUAUUCGAUUUGUUGCAGCAUGUACGGAAAGAACUAUUGAUGCUUACCUAGCAUCUACUACUAUAAUUCCCCUCGGACAUAAAUCACCUGGCCGAUUGACUGAUGCUCAUUUAAAUGAGGACAAUGAUGACUUGAGCUUCCACAACCCUCAUUCAACAAGUUAACAAAGAUUUAAAUACUUUUAUUAUAAAUCUGACAGCAAUGUACGUAUUCUAAAUACCAGCAACCAAUAAUAUUGCAAAAUACAUACGAUUAACCAUAUUAUACCACAACUACAUAAAACACUUGUUUCUGAUACAUCAWUUGACUGAUUUUUUUGAUCCAUGCUUUUAAUUAAAUGCACUACGUACAGACGA